UGCACUGACUGCUGCUGUCAGCUGUGCUGCUAUUGGUUGUUUUAUUAGGAUUUCCUGAUCUAUAUGGUAAUUCUUCAGUGUGUGUGUGUGUGUGUGUGUGUGUGUGUUUGUGUACGUGCCUGUGUGCAUGCGUCCUAUCAGUAUACAGGGCUCUUCAGCCAGUAUUGGGGAUUGUGGGCUGUAAUCUCGACCCAGUGGUGACUGAUGCAGCUUUCUCUGCUCAGCAUGUGUGUGUGUGUGUGUGUGUGUGUGUGUGUGUGUAUGCAUAAUAUUUCAUUGUCUCUACAGUUUGUCAAAUGAAGUAAACUUAAAUUAAUCGAAACAACAAGUUUGUCUCAAAGUGCUUGCAUAGCGACGUGUGUGUGUGUGUGUGUGUGUGUGUGUGUGUGUGUGUGUGUGUGUGUGUGUGUGUGUGUGUGUAAGUGAUUGUGAGUGUGCGUGUGCGUGUCUCAGUAAAGGAUGACGUGAUGACAGCGCUGACUCCAUUUCCAUUUUUCCUCCUUGCUGUACAAGUCACGGCGCUGGCAUUAAUUAUGAAAAAUAUUGUGGUGUACUCAGUCUGAGAUUGCGCGCACUGCACUGAGUUAUGAUGAACGGUGUUAAGAGGAACCUGUCAGCUUGCCUCCCCGUUUGGUCUCCGCAAAUAAUUGAAGGCUAGUGUACUUUGUGACAGGAACAUGGUUUAUGCGCCCGGUGCCAGUGUAGCGGUGCAGUUCGCAGCCCGUGGAAGCGGCAGCAGCAGCACCGCCUCCUUCUCUGCUCCUCAGUGAGAGUCGGACAGCACCUCCAGCUCCUUACAAUCACAUCAGAGUAAAUACAAUCAAAAUUUAAGAUUACAUAUUACCAGUUUCAAGGGAGCCUCUCUGCUGUCUCAAAAGAGAAACACACAUUUGUAUUUCUAUUUUUCAAAUAAAGAUGUUGGGGGGAACAGACGGCUUCUGUCACUCUAGUCGAAAUUUCUUGUUGCUAUUAGUUCUCUUCAUACAUAUUUUUCCUAUCACCCUCUAACCUGGCUUGUCUAACUGAUGCACGAUGAGCCUCUGAGGAGUUGAAUAUGCAGACAUCCGCACCUCACUCAUUGUUCAAGGACAGGACAAGACGCCGGGACGCGUCUCAAAGUGGAGAUAUGUAGCCCAGUAUUAGCAUUAGGUGAUUUGUGACCCAACCCCACACAUAAUCUUUACAACAGGGAGAGCUGCAACAUCAUGGAAUUGUGGGGUUUUUUGUAGCACAAACACUCACUGUAUAUAUUUUAUUAUCAGAAAAAAAUUCCUGACGAGCCGAAGGGGUAAAUUAUUUUCGUGACGUUCAUGUCUGUGUCGUGACACCAACAGGGCUUUGUCUACGUCAGCCAGAGAACUCUACGUGUCCUUUAAAGCACGAUGAAGCUUGAGAAACUUCACAGAAUGAUCGUGGUGAAUCAAUGGGCCAUCGUGUCCAGCUCUCUUAAAGGAUUUGCUUUAGUACAGAGGCAUAUUGGAAAAAAAGCUGCUCCAGGAAGAGCUGUGCUACGUCUCAUAAAAUGCCUCAAGUGAUGUCAUGUAAGUCAUUGGAUGGGGCUACCACGUCUGAUGACAAAGCAAUUCUGAGGGUGUGGAAAGUUAGAAAGAAGUCUCCUUAUCAGACCCCAGGAGCUCGCUCCUUAUGGGUUAUAGUGGCCCAAGGGCUACAUAGGCCACUAUGUGCAUAGCACAACAACAUUCUUGAUUUUUCGUCAGCCGAGUUGCACUGUGGAUUAUGUGCGCACCGGAUUAAGGAUCUCAUUAGUCUGAUCUCUAAUUAGUCGGAUUUUGCACAGUAAUGGACUGACAGACACCAUCAAUCACACCACAUGUACAGACAUCAUGCAGGAGGACUCAUAAGUCACAGGCCGAGAAAUUACCUUUGUGCGCUAUAAUGCAGAAAGUGUGUGUGUGUGUGUGUGUGUGUGUGUGUGUGUGUGUGUGUGUGUGUGUGUGUUUGUGUGUGUGUGUGUGUGUGUGUGUGUGUGUCCACCUCCAUCCACAUCUGUUCCCAUAGUGCUACAAUUCCUUUACCCAUUCCUCUUCUUGUGUUCUUGUGGUUUCCUACUUCCUUCAUUCAUACAUACACUCCCAACACCUUCCAUAGUUUCUUUUCUCUAUCUGCAAAAAAAAUAAAAUUAAUUUGGCCUCCAACUCAAUCAUCAAUUUGACAUGUUUUUAUCAGACGGAAUAGAUGUCAUUUCUCCUGGACAAGCCUCAGCCUGCAGAUUAAUCCCCAGACCAACUGAGCCCCUCGAUCGCUGCUAAAUCACUUUUACUGCUGCUCUUCCCACAAUGUUGCAUGUGCAUGCUUGUGUGUGUUUGUGUGGAUAAGACAGACAAAGAAAGAGAUACUUAAACAAUAUGCAUAUUUGAGAAUUUCAAGACUGAUGUUUUCAAUCUAAAUGAUUCUGUUUGUUUCCUGUCUGCCUGGACAGUUUUCCAUGUUCUGUUUCAUUCUUUGGAGUGGAACUGAAAAGUUUCCAAUGUAUUGAUACCAUGUCUGAGUAGAAAAAUGAUAAAAGUGCCUCCAAUGAAAUGAAAAUGUGUGUAUUUACAGCAGGUGGAUACUGUAGCCCCCUUCAAGGUUGAAUACAAUUCACCUGCCUGCCAGUAAAUAUGUGCACAAAGAUUGAAUUGUUGUUACUUUGUUGUGGUAUUAAAUUAAAUUGUUUGUGAUAUUUGCAAGAGAACAAAACAAUGAGUGACGGUAUUGCAUUACACUGAACUACAUUUUUCUGUUCUCUCUGUGCCACCUUAUGGAGAAAAUAUUGAAAGAUUCUUUAGUCAACAGUUCCACUUCUUAUUUCCUCACAAUCCCUGCGUCUUUCCCCCUCUCCUUGCUCUCUCCAGAGAUGUUCAAACAGUGUGGCUAUCCCACGGUGUGACCUCUUAUCUUUGACCUGUGACUUGACCUCUCUUCUGCUUUGCAACCUUGGAACACUCUUCUGAUGUGUUAAGCAACUUUGCUGAACAGUUUGAUGGAGAGCUGGUCGGAUGACAGCUGGAACUGUUGUCAUAACCGGAGGAAUACUGGCCACAGUGAUACUUCUGUGUAUCAUAGCUGUGCUCUGUUACUGUAGACUCCAGUACUACUGCUGUAAGAAGAAUGGGUCUGACAGCGGCUCCAUCUCUCAGCAACACUUUGCCUGCAAUGCCUGCAGCGUCACCGGCCUGGACGGGUCACUUGUCACCCCACUGUCCCUGUCACCAGCAGAGCCGGCGCGAUCCUCCGACCCCACCAAAGCCGGAGGAGGGCGACGCAGCUUCUGCCCCAGUUGCUCGCCCUACGACUCGCCCUUCUACAUUCGCUCCAGUGAUGAGAUGCGCAAUGGCGGCGAGCGCAUCACCUACAUGCCCACACACUAUGAGAACCAGGCGCUGGCGAUGCCGUUGCCCGCCGUCCGAGGCUCCCUGUUGAGGGAGACUCAGCGAGGGAGGCCUCCCGAUUUUUACACCAAUACCCGAGCCAUUAGCACUGAGGUGUGACCGGACCAAAACCCCAUUACACCACCCAUCUACACACACACACACACACACAGACAUUCUUGUCUGCACUUACACACACCAGCACCACAACUAACAAGAUCACAAAAGGGAUUUUGACACCUCCAGCAGCGAGCAGUGAGGAUCUGCUGGAUAAAGGAAACAUUAUCACAUUGAAUUUGUUUUUUUUGGGGGGGUUUAAGUGAGGAUUGUCGAAACCUACUGCUGAAGACUAAAGUGUGUGACAAGCAAUGAUGACUUUCAAAUCUAGCUCUUCACUUUAUACCCUUACAUUUUAAAUGUUCAUGUCCAUAAAGACAGUAAUUAUAUAAUUGAUAAAACUGUAGCGGUAAAAUGUCAUGUAAGAAAAUGUCCCUUUAUGCUACUGUAUCUUUACUGACUGAGGGCUAAUUUCUUUACUGACUGAGAGAUAUAAAAUGGGUUUCUCUUGCUGCAUAUCUUCUCAAUGACUGCCAAAAGGACAAACAAUACUGUGUCAUGAAGUAUGUAGCAACUGUGAAGCAACCUUGUCAUGAUAGGCCUAAUGGAGACUGAAAUACAUUUGAAAAAGUUACAAGGGCAAAAAUAAUGAAAGGUCUGCAUCCCCUUUGCAGCUUUCUGGAUGUCUGGAAGCAUGUUAGAGUUACAGGAAAGGUAGAAGAGUGCAGAUGACUGGAGCUUUGUCUAUGCAAGCUGUCCGGCAGCUCUUCAUCUCCAGUACUCUCCUUUCGGCAGUUUUCAUCUCGUCAACUUCAUUGAAGGAAUAUCAUGUGCAGUGAGAUAUUACCAUGGUGUCCUCAUACUGUAGGUAGACCUAUAAGCAUUAAAAACUGGAUCUUGGAUAGAGCAAUUCUGCGCCUCUUGGGUUUGCCAGAUGUAGUGCUGAACCACCACUUUCUGCCCUGACCUGUGAAUAAUCAAGGAUGCCGGAGGCCUUGAACGCAACAUUGGUAAGCCUGAAAAGAACUGACUGAAUUUCUCUUUACUGACAGUGAUACAAAUAGUUUGAAAUGUAAAUAUAAAAGUGAAAAAGCGACUAAGGCAUCUUUUGAUCCCACUAUCUUCUUGACGGUGAGAGAUGCACCCUGGGAUCUGAACAUGACGUAUUUCGAAUGAGGGAGUGUGAUUUACUAGUUUGUGCUAUUUUGUCUACACUCCUGCUAUACUCCUGUACUACUCUGAUGUUGAAUAUUUGAAAUGCAAUUAAUCAUGUUGUUUCUUUUCAUGAUUUUUUUCCCCCCACAUUGUGAGAAAGUCGGAGUAUACAAUUUACGUGAUUGAAAACUGUUUCACAGUGCUUAUCUUCUCCAUGACACCUUCCCGAAAUUACUUCCCAUUCAAGAUUAUAUUUCCUGUGGUAUUUGUCUUUGUAUUUUUGUGUGCAACAGGACUCAGUGAGGCUGUCUAAAGGAAACCUCACUGACUUGCAUGGUGUGAUAAUGUUGGAUAAGUUUGCAAGAUUUUUUGUUCAGGCCUAGUGUUAUCAUUCAAGCAUUCAACAAAAAUGCACUUCCCAACCUCAUUUCAUCAGUGCAUAUAACAUAAUUAAAAUCCGUUGGUUUCUUUCUGAAUUCAUUUUUUCAUCAAGGUUGAAUAGAGGUCAGCUGCACUGCUGUUAUACUGUACAUCUUGAAACUACCCAAGACCAUUUUAUCCCAGACGAGUGGGCUUUUCUCUGGAUCGAAUAAAAAGGUCGGACAAAUGUACGGAGGACAGGCAAACCGAAAGUUCAUCGUAAAAGCGCAACAUGUUUGCUUUUAGGGAAACGGGUGGAAUCUAUUCAGACACAUCUGGGCUAGGAUCUCUGAAGAUGAUUCAGGAGAGUACUGUAAAACCAGUGUUUCUCCAUUUUGUUAUCCACUUCUACAGAUAAGGAUGAAUUGUCAUUAUCCAUUUAUUUAGCCACUGUAUUAACUAUCUAUUUUACUACUUACUUAACUAGCUAUCUUGAACAUAGACAAAAAAAUAAUGAUUUUUAGAAAUGUUGUCAAAACAGAAAUCUAACCCAAUAAAUACAGAAACAGUAAUAUAUGACAUUGUUGACUUUUGACAAUUAAAGAUUUGUAAC